GGUUCCCCGUGGUGCCUCUCCGGGGCUCCCCCCGAGUGUCCCCCCGCACUGACCGCGGGCGGGGGGCAGUCGGACCUGUUCCAGGACGACCUGUACCCGGACACGGCGGGCCCGGAGGCGGCCAUGGAGGCGGAGGAGUGGGUGGCGGGGCGCACGGCGGGGCCGGUGCUGGUGUCCCUGCGCCAGGCCUACGUGCCCCCCAAGCAGCGGGACCUCAAGGUGAGCCGGCGGGCGCUGCUCCACGACGGCCACGCCAGCGCCGGGGCCGCCACCACGCCGACCCCCACGCCCCCCGCCGCCCCCGCGCCCGCCCGGCUCAGCGCACCCCCGGCACUGGGAGCGCCGGGAACGCCAGGAGCGCUGGGAACCGGCACCGCCACGGGGGGCCGGCUGGAGGAGGUGCUGCAGGAGGUGGCCGCGCUGCGGGCGCUGGUGGCCGAGCAGGGCCAGCGCAUCGAGCGCCUGGAGGAGCAGCUCAGCCGCCUGGAGAACGGCCACGUCUAGGGACCCCCUCAGGGACCACCGCCCCAGGGACCACGCCUGCGCCCCAGGGACCCCCUGCCCCGCACCCUCCCACCCCUGGGGUGCCCCCUCACCCCGCUCUGGGUCCUUCUCCCCUUGGGGGGGCUCCCCCCCCCCCAUUGCCUUACUGGGUGCUGCCCCCCUCCCCGAAUCAUGGACCAUUCCCACCCCCGUGUCCUCGGGCUGGGGGUUGCUCCUGGGAUCAAAUAUUGCCCCCUGCACCCCCCAGUCCCUGCGUGGGGUGUCCUGCCCCUCUUCCUAUGGGGCAGGGCACGAUCUGACCCCUACAACUGUGAAAUAUUGUCCCCCCUAUAUUUUGGGGGCUUUCCUCCCCCACCUCCCCCUUCUUCCUCCUUAUCGCGUUCCCUCCUCCCUUCCAGUGCAGGGUCAAAAACUAUAUUUUCACUCCAAAUAAAGGAUUUAUAAGAAAA